AGAAAUUGUAGAUUAUUAGCAGAAUGCAAGAGAUAUAAUGAUCCUUUUAUUAGGAGUUUUAUAGAAGAUAUACCACACAAUGAAGCGUGAGAAAAAAAAGAUAUAUAUUAUAAUAAAAAAGGCAUUAUGACAAAGAAAAAACAAACGUAUAGAAAUACAUUAAAUUAUGCCAGUGAGAACAAAAAGGCUUGUAUAUUUGAAACAAAUUAAUAUAUUCAUUUAGAGAAAAAAAUAUUUAGAGAACUUGACUAUACGAAUUUUCUUAAAAAUAACAAAGUAGUGAGUGAUAGGAUUUAUAAAAAAAUAAUAUUUAAAAAGUGAGGACUACAGGUUCUUUUACCUUUCUUGCUGUUUUUGUUUUUCUUGAUAGUAUUCAUAGUAGAAUUAGCAAUAGGAUUUUCAGCUAAUGAUUGUUUAUUGUCUUACUUCGGUUUGAAAAAAACUCAUUUAAAAAAAUUAGUAAAUUAUAGUGAGGGACCAUUAUAUACAUUUGUAAGUGUGUUGAAAAAGAUAACUGGUUUUUGGAAGAACUCGGAAAGUUUGGGUUCUGGGACAACAUGUACGUUGUGCAGUGGUACAACACUUACUGAUGCGUGCAUAUUAGGUCAAGUGUUCCGUAUUUUAAUAUAUAUGGUACCGUUCGUUAUAUUAGGUAUCACAAUUAUAUAGUGAGUUUUUCAUUAUCAUAAAAACGUUAAGAAAUAUGAAAAAAUUAAGUUAGGAAAA